AUGUCCCAACACUCAAACCAUCAUCCAACAGACCAGUCUGGCUUGGAAUACAUCAUCAAUCAUGUGUACUGCCCCCUCAAGUUGCCGCAAGGCAGUGACUAUUCCCUCAAGAACGACCUGGCCUUAGCUCAGGCGGUUGUGGAAGCUGCUCUCGCCUUCAGCGAGCAGCUGCCGUCCGAUAAGCAACUCCUUUGGAUGAGCAGCUUGAAAAUGCUUCAGAACCUUAAAGAUUCGAUUAGAUUUAGUGCGAUGUCUGCAAAGGAAGUCGAAUCUCAAAUCAGUGUCAUGGACAAUAAAGAUGUUCUUGUAUACAUGAUUCGCGCACAAAACGCUGCGGUGGUCAUGAGAAAACUCGAAUCCGAGACCAUAUUCGAGUCAUUUGAGGUCUCUCCUGACCCCACCGCAGUGAUGGGCGCAAAGGGAAAGCUGAUUUGUUCUUAUCCUGGACCUGCUAUCACAGUUCCAGAUACGAACAUUGAUAAUGCCACCUUUGCCGCCGAGCUCGCAAAUUUUCUCGUUCACAUGGAUGAAGAUGUCCUUGAUGCGGCAGCGACCAGGACAAAGGCUAAAUCCACUGUUCUCGAAGAGAGGGACACCACACAUCCCAGAUAUAUCACGGAACUCCUGACUGGUAUACUGCGUGGCCUCGGGAGCAUCGCUGAUGUUCCUCGCAUCCGCAAGCGCAUCGGAGAUGAUGUGCUGUGGGACAGCGCGAAAUUGCCAUGGAGGCGGUCUUCACUUUGGCUUGUCAUUCGCGUUGCCUUACAGACGACUCUGGAGCGCGGUGCUCUUGGACGAACGACGUAUAAAUCGUUCAUGCUGUUCUUCAUGGCGAGGCUUACGUCCAUUGCCCUCGACCAUGACUUUUCGAAUGACAUCUUACACUUCAUGUCGGCAAAGAUCGCACGCCGUCUUUUCAAGCUAAGAUCCUCUGCAUCUGCGGAGUUGUCGCAGAUGGUCAGUAAGGUCACCGGUGAUGUAAGGAGUGUCUUGGAGGAAAGAUGGGGAUCUGUUCAGAACGCGCAACGGGCCUCGCCUCAUUGGGCUCCCGAUACACUUCGAGUCUUGCAAGAUACCCAUCUUUCCUUGAACACGAGCAGAGAGUACAUAUGCCAAGCUUUGAAGAACCAGCAUUCGUCCUCUCAAACAACCUCAUUCAAUCCCAGCCACCACACGCGCGGGACAAUCGAUAAUUUCCUUGACGCCAAAGCUAGCUUCCUGGUGGCUGCUCAUUCCGCAGAACCAUCUCUUGCCCUUGUAGAUUUCGAGACCGCGAUUAGUUCAGGGAUCGACGACUGGGUGGCGCGCGUUCCAUUCCAGAGUACCGAUUCCGCAUGCAUCUCGAUCGAGGCGUGCGCCUCUGCGUAUUCCUCGAGAGCGCUUACGGCUUAUAAAGGAAACCCGGAGAAUUUAUCUAUUAUGCUUCUCACCCUUUUUGAGCUCUGGGUAGCCAUGGAUAAGAUCGUUGUUGGACAAAUUCCACUCCUGGCAGAAUACUCCCCCGAAAUCCCAUUGAAACUUUGGGAGUGUCUUUUAAUCCGCAAAGCUUCUGGCCUCGAUCGUUUGAAGAAAUUGCACGCCUACCUGAAAGCUCGUCAUUGCCAGGCUUCUAGCCGUCUGUCGGCUUUCUCGUUCAUCAACGAUGACAAGUCGUUCGCGGCGCGAUAUUUUUCCCAGUCACCAGAGUUGCAGAGCUUAAAGGUUCGCAUCGAGGCGGAUGGUCAGAAACAGCGGGAGAAGAAGUUGAUCGAGCUUCAAACCAUCAACGGGAGGUACACUGAUAAGGAGAAGCGCGCGGAAGACUUAUCACACACAUACCGCGUCUCCCCACGCGGCAAGCAAGUGCAUGAGCCCCCCCGGAACUGUGCAAAGUGUCGCCUGGAAAAGGAAAUGCGGGCGAUGAAUAUUACGGUUCACGAGUGGCCACUACCAGCCGGUGAAAAGGAGGCGAUCGCGGUGGUAUUUGAACUAGGGUGCCCCAUCGCGCUGGACAUGUGGAGAUCUACGACAUUCUAUGUCCUCGUUGAUAUCUGUACUCCACAGGAAGAAAUCUCACACACUAGCGCCUUCAUAACACUCCCAGAUUAUCAUGCGUUGCAGCGUUAUCGCCAGUGCCAUCCAAGGCAGAGGCUGACCUUGGCAUCGAAUGCCAAACCAUUCACCAAAUGUCAUUACAAGACCGUUCGCAUUCCCACGGAGGAUGUUGACAGCGUCUGUCGCUGUGAUUCUAGCAAGCCAUGCACUUUCCUCCUUCCCAAGGGACCAUAUGAUGGUUUGCAGCGGUAUCUUGCAGGGACAUCCCACCCGUCAAACGAGGUCAUAGCCAAUCAGGCAGAUUGUCACGAGGAUAUGACUAUACACGAAUUCAUCGCGUUCGGAGCCCUGCGGAGUGGACCACGUUUGCAAUGGAUGAACGUGCUACGUGAACUCCGUGCAAGGACGCUCAAUUUUCGACGUGAGGAGGUCCAUCUACUGUUGGCGCAAGCUGUUUCACAGGUCGGUCCAUUUUCGUCCGACGACGGCCUUAUUUGGCAUGAGGAGUUGAACAGCGUUCCCUUCCUUGGUGCACUACUCGGAGAGCUGGAGGAUUUGAUGGCGAGUGUCGAAGGGAAUUGGUUGGAAGCCGUCACGAUCGACACUAUCAUCAUGCUUGUGUACCACGUCUUGUCCUCGACUCAGGAAGAGAGUCUAGCAACGAGGGAGACGGAUUUACAAGGGCGCGUUCGGGAAUUGGCAGUCACCUGUCGUAGCACUUUCGAUAUCGACGGAGACGCUUCACUACUCCUGACGUCGAACGACGACAUCAAGAUAUUUGCAUACUGUGCGGUCAUGAUUUAUGACAACACUCCGAGCAAUCUUCCACAGCAUUCCAAGCUGUUGCUAGAGCGAGACAAGAGAUGUUGUCACGCGUUAGAACCAGCUAUUCGUCGAUAUGCAGAGCUUCACAGGGAGGGUCUUGAUUGCACGAUGACCAAGAUUUGGGGCAGCUACAGACCAGGAACUCCUUGGAAGGCAAUGACGGCUCCAAAUUCUCGUUGGCUUGUGACUCAGACUGCGCCAUCGCGUUCCCAAUCACCACAGGACGUGCACUUCAACUUGAUUAGUGGAUGCUUGCUUGUUGACGGGAAGCAGCUGGGCAGGCUCCCUUCGAUUAUAGUGCAACAUCCCACUUACCAAUCGAUUUUCGGCGAUCAAGUUCUGGACAUUGUUCCAGCUGAUAUUCCUGGAAUGGAAUAUGCGACACGCGGGAACCUCUGCGACCAUCAGAUAUCUUUCUCUCUCCGUGACUCGAACGACCUCAUCAUCCGUGCGAAGCAUAUCAAACACGACUCACCUAUCCUCCAGCUCAUUCCGAGCCACAAAUUCGUGGAUGACCUACCGACCACCUUGGUUGUGGGUCAUACUCAUUGGCUUAACCUGCGCACGAGCGAAAUUGAGAUUCGGGCAGCAGAGAAUGUGUGGAAAUCUUCGCCUGAUAAUUGGGUCUUGCGAUUUGCUGUUUCAGGUUCCUCGACGGUGCAGAAUUCUAGCGGUGCAACCCUCCUUGACAUACGCAGCCAAACAUGGGACAUGAUAUCCAAGAGGCUGCGUCCUCUGGAGGAUGCACGAUUCAUCAUGGUCACAUAUAAUAAAGCAUCCGGCAGCACUCCCUCAUUGAAGGUUGAUCUGCCUCGAUAUUGCCUCGAGUUCUUCGUCGAUGAGGAUGGGGAAUUGCAGUCCCGUAACAUGCGCAACAUGGUCGUUGAUGCCAGUCAGUCUACUGGCACCAUGAUGGGAUUAGUCAAUCAACUCAUCUUGCGCCCGAAGUUGCAAGUUGCGGAUGAGCAUCCGCGCACCGUCAUCAUCCCAGACGGUCGUGUCUUAUACUCUGCGAAUGGUCAUCAUGUCCGCGUCACUAUCGCUCCUGAAGGUACUCGGGUGACAUACCAGUUGUACAGGGUUGAUACAGAUCUACGCUGUCUCACUGGGAACGUGGGUCUGACAAGCAAGCUCUAUCAGGCGCUCCUUCACGCUGUCACGAGCGGCUGUCUCCCUGAUCCGCUUACGGGUCGAACGGGGACAGAGGAGGCGUUGCAUCUCUUACAUUCCGCAGCUUGCCGAUCGUUUAUGAGGCUUCGCUCUCGUGACACAGAUCUUUUGCGCGAGAUCAGUUCGCUGUCAACCAGGCGCGUCUGGUAUCCCACUCAUCUCCAGAAGAUGCAGACAAUUUCGUGGUCAUGCCUUACGUCCCUUGCGCAACACCAUGAAGGGUCUGCAAACCUUCCGCUCGCCUAUGAGCUUCCGCAAUUCACCAACCACCUUCUUGAGCGCGCGUCAGUUCGUGCCUCGGCGAUCUAUCCUGAUCAGUUCUCUCUUCCACUUCCGCUCGGUGACACAGACGUUAUCCAUACUUUACGUGAUAUUCCCGACAAAGUCGCGGAAGAGAGGGCAUUUCGAACCGCCUUCAUGUUUGUUGACCAAUUCGAGGGUGGCGAAGAUGUCCAGGGCAUUGGCGAACCGCUCAGUUUACAAUACUCCAAAGACUGGCUUCAACCGACUUUUCCCGACGUCUUCCUUUCUGCGUACGACCGCUGUCGGAGUGCUACGAAGAAAGACAGAUUCCAGUUGAUGUUCACUCUGUCUUCGGUAUCAUACAGCUUGUUGGACGACCACGCCCUCGUCCCGACACUCUUAGCCUUCGCCACAAUUCCCGAAUUUCGCAGCCUGGAUUGCCCCCCAGACUUCACCUCUUAUGAUCUCUCGGAUGGUUUCAUGCCGUCCGAUGAGAGAUUGAAUAAUAUCAUCAAUUCGUGUACCAGAGAUUAUGAAACCAGCGAGGAGAGACAGCUAGCUGCAAGUCCCGAGGAAGAUGAAGAGGUUUUGUGGAAGCGUCGUUAUGCAGCUUUCAAAGAAAAGUGUCGCUCUCAAAAGCAAGUCAUUCUCAGCAAAGUUCGGGAUGCUUGGCCACGCGAAGAUCCUCCAUCACUUCAUACUCUCCAAGUGGACUGCUAUAAUCUCAGUGAACUGUCAGGGAAACUUUCCCCAGUAUUUCGCAGCUGUUGGCGAAACCGUUGUUUGAAGCAACACCUGGAUGUCAUACAGCGGACUCUCAAAAAAUUCUACUCUCCCAAUUCUCCGUCAGAAGGACCCUCACAAUACAAUCUCAAUUCCCAUCCUGAACUCUCAGAUGUUGCUUCGCCAUCCUCAUCCAUUGAUGCCAAGUACCUUUUCGAUCGAGAUGCGUCUGUUAUAUGCGUGCAUUGGUCUUCCCAAGUUCUUUACAAUUUGAGUCGAAGAGAUUUCAUAUCUCCAGACUCCGGAGUCACAGCGAGGUUGCAACAAUUGAUCAACAACUUUCGCGCCCGAGGAAGCGACAAAUUUCGCCGCAAAUAUGCCGAUGAUCUGGAUCAGAGCAGGUCAAUUUACUACGACGAAAAGAUGGUUGCCCUACCAGAUUCUACGCCAUACACGAUGGAAUUACUGCUUGAAUACCAUUCUCUCCAAAGCCGGCAAUUCCAAGAUUCACUCGCAUCUAUCUCACACGCCCUCUCUCCUGCCUCUGCUGCUGAAAGCACGUUAUACAAUGCUGGAUUAUGGCCCCGAGUUACACCAAAUUUCCUCUUCACUCGCAUGGCUUCUGCAGCAGGAAGUUCUUUUGGGAAGGCUUGGCGUGCUACUCUUGUCCAGCUGUCGCAGAUACUUUUGCAGCUGCAACGCUCGCGAAGGCUAUUGGUCUUUGCUGCUAACAAAAACUGGGUCGAGUUCUUCAAGGAGUUGGAGAGCGAAGAUUGUGAGGGAUUUGAUCCGGAGCUAUACCCUGACUGGCUUCUAAUACAGAUUGAAAGUCAGUUCUUGGCACGGCCAGUCCAGGUCAAGGUUGCGCUGGAGAUGAUGUCGCCAUGCACAGGAGGAAAUACUUCUCUGCAGCUGAACAUGGGCGAAGGCAAAUCCUACGUGAUCGUUCCUCUCGCAGCAGCCGCACUUUCUGAUGGCCACAGACUGGUGCGAGUAAUCGUGCUGAAGUCGUUGUCUGCUCAGAUGUUCCAGCUCCUGGUUGAACGACUAAGCGGCCUUGCACAGAGGCGCAUUUUCUAUAUUCCAUUCUCUCGCGCACUCUCUAUCGACUCAUCGAAGGUGCAAAUGUAUCGUGACCUGAUGCAAGAAUGCAUGGAUGCCAAGGGCAUUUUGGUCGUGCAACCGGACCAUAUUCUGUCGUUCCAGUUAAUGGCUAUUGACCGUCACCUGUCCCCUCAUACUGAAGCUGCCGAAGACAUGCUGCGGACUCAGCUAUGGCUCGACAAUCACACACGCGACAUCCUGGAUGAAAGUGACGAAAUUCUACACGUCCGGUACCAGCUGGUGUACACUGUGGGCCUCCAGAGGUCGCUUCAAGGCCAUCCUGAAAGGUGGACGACGACACAACAAGUGUUGAGUCUGGUCGCAAAACACGCUGCUCGGCUCAUGAGCCAAUUUCGCUCGCGUUCAGAAGUGUCCACUCGUGAGCAUGGAGGGUUCCCCUUCGUUCGCGUUCUGCACCCGACAGCAGGCGAAGCAUUGGUCCAAUGGAUCGCAGAGGAUAUCAUCAAUGGUGCGCUUGAAAACAUCAGUUUCGAUCAAGCAUCUCUCCACGUGAAAGAAGCUGUUUGCCGCUUUAUUGCAACUGAGCAUAUAUCCAACACUUGUGUCAGUGUAGUGGAAGAUCGCUAUAGAGACACUACCGUAUGGCCCAGCCUUCUAGUCUUGCGAGGAUUGUUGGCGUAUGGUAUCUUGGUGUACGCUAUCAAAGAACGUCGCUGGCGCGUGGACUAUGGCCUUGCCCCAAAACGAACUAUGCUAGCCGUUCCAUUUCGCGCUAAAGACAUGCCCUCGCAGCGGGCAGAGUUUGGCCAUCCGGACGUUGCUAUCAUCCUCACGUGCCUCUCUUACUAUUAUGGGGGCCUCACGCUCCACCAGCUGAUGUUGUGCUUCGAGCUCCUGCUGAAGCAGGAUAAUCCUGCCCUCGAGUAUGAAUCCUGGGUGCUUGGACUUCAGUCCGUCCCAGAAAGUCUGCGCCACCUUAGCGGAAUCAAUACGGAAUCCGCAGAGCAGCUCCGUGACCUUCAGCAACUGUUUGCAUGCAACAAGGCAGUCAUAGAUUUCUACCUGUCCCGAGUAGUUUUCCCGAAGGAAGCGAAGGGAUUCCCCAGAAAGCUCACCUGCUCCGGGUGGGAUCUCGCUCAAGAGAAGAGACAUCUCACAACUGGUUUUUCUGGUACCAACGACAAUCGUUAUUUGUUACCGAGCUCGAUUGUCCAGCAUGACCUUGAUUACCAACGCAGCACGAAUGCCCGAGUCCUUGCGUUCCUUCUGCGCCCGGAGAACAACUGCUACACAUGCAUACCCCCCAGCCAAAAGGUGUCACAUUUCAUCGAUGCCCUUAUCGCCCAAACCCCCGAGGUCCGCGUGCUCCUGGAUGUGGGUGCACAGAUGCUGGAAUUGAAGAAUCAGGAAUUGGCCGAGACAUGGCUUCGAGCCAAGCGCGACGCCCAAGCUGCAGUCUUUGUGAAUGACGAUGAUGAGAUUGUCGUUGUCAGUCGGGAUGGGACGGUGGAGCCCCUUGUGUCGUCCCCCUUUGCCCAGCAGCUUGACCAGUGUGUGAUAUACCUGGAUGACGCGCAUACCAGAGGAACAGAUGUCAAACUUCCUUCCGGCUUCCGAGCUGCUGUCACGCUUGGUCCGAAAGUCACGAAAGACCGCCUGACGCAAGGAUGCAUGCGAAUGCGGAAGCUGGGCAAUGGACACUCAGUCAUCAAUGUCGACGUGGCAGAUAUCCUGCACUGGGCGAUGCUUGAAACCUGUCUUGACAUUCAGAUGCGUGCAUUCCACUGGGUUCAACAGGGAUCGGAUUUCAACACACGGCAUUCCGCAUGGACUCAAUUCUCGCGCGCCCCUACCACUUCGAUUUCCACCCUGGAAACAGCGUGGUUGCAGCCAGAGGAGCGUUCAUUAGAGGAUAUGUACGCACCACGCCGUCCUUCACAGGUAUCGCACGUUUGCGAUGCAGACAUUCGAAGCAAAUGUGAGGAACUCGGAGUUCAAAUGGGACCUGAAAGGAGCAUGGAUGAGGAACAAGAAAGGGAGGUAGUCCACGAGAUAGAGAAGGAACGUCAAGUUCACAGACCGCCCAAAGUAAGACCUGCGACUCAAGACCUGCAUGCGGACGUUCGUCGAUUUGUCCAGACCGGCCGAAUUCCUACAGGGUCCCCCGCAUUCAUUCCAGCGCUAUCCAGCCUCGUCGACACUACUGCUGAAUUUCAUGAAGGCGAUCAGUGGGCACACAAUAUUUUAGUCACCCGUGAUUUCGCCCAUACGGUGGAGACUUCCCUUAUCAUGGAGAAAGCAGAUGAAUACUUGCGACCUGUCAAUUGGAUGGUAUCCAGUGACGUUGGAGUGCUGGUAGUCAUGAGCCCGAACGAAGUGGAUAGACUGCUGCCCGAUAUCCGGAACAGCAAUGUAGUUCACUUGUGCGUCUAUACUCCUCGCACCACAAACACGAUGAAGGCAUGCGAUGAUCUUCAGCUCUACCGUGUUCCUUCGACACCCCAUCUGACACCACCGGAGCCGCUGAUUUGCCAGCUCAACCUUUUUGCGGGCCAACUCUAUUUCUCCAGUUACGAGAUGUAUCUCCACACUUGCAACUUCUUAGGACUCAACGCGCCGGAUUUGGGGGACGAGGACUUGAUAGUCGACAGUGAUGGAUUCAUCAGGGAGAAUCGCCCUUGGGCGAGAGCAUCGUGCUCGUUCAAACGAUCCCAGCUUCCUCCGCUCAAGGAGUUAUUCGGAAUGAGAAGGAAAGGCAUGGGGUAUCUGCCAACCCACCUUGGAAAGAUGUUCAAUGGCCGCAUUCUGACUGAAAGAGAUUUCCUCGACUGAGCUCCGUGUCUGUUUAACGU